GCUGUUGGGUGUUUGUCACAGAGAAAAAACAAAUUGUGGAAUGCGCCAUUCUGCAUGCUAAUGAAACCAACCCAGGGGGAAGGAGAAGGUUGGGGACCGUGGGGGAAGAAUGACCCUCGGUUUCUGACCUCUUGGCACUGGGAGGUAUUUAUCAGGAGGCCCAUGUGACUGGGUUAAGACAUACAGUCCCAGCUUGGAGGAAACAGCUGCUGGCGGCGGGCUUGGCACUUGGCAGCUGGACAGUCAGGGAGCUGAUGGGAGUGAGCAGAAACACCGCAGACCGCCCCAAUUCUGAAAAUAUCAUUCAAAUUGACUAAACAAGCUCUACAAACUGCUUCCUCCAUGCAUUUGCCAAUGGUGGUAACUGUCCUUAAACUUGUUUCAGAGCUGGAAAUUUGUAUAAAAACAAUAGAAUUUUCUUGAAGUACAACUAACAACAAAGGCUACAACUCAGCAAUAACAUCACCCAUGUACAUGAUUAUGGAGAUGGUCUAUUUGAUGCUGAAAAUGUCUCUAGUUUUUUGACGGUGGCUAAACAACCAUGGGGUCAAGUGGACUUGGAAAAGCAGCAACACUAGAUGAACUGCUGAGCACAUGCAUUGAGAUGUUUGAUGAUAAUGGAGAGCUGAAUGACAGUUGCUUGCCCAGAAUAGUUCUCCUGAUGCACCGCUGGUAUUUAUCUUCCACUGAAUUGGCAGAAAAGCUUUGGUAUACGUAUCGCAAUGCCAAUGGAGAAAGCUGUGAUGAAUUUCGAUUAAAGAUCUGCUACUUUAUGAGGUACUGGAUUCUGAAGUUUCCGGCAGAGUUCAAUUUGGAUCUUGGUUUGAUUCGUAUGACUGAAGAGUUCCGAGAUGCAGCUAGUCAACUGGGAUACGAAAAACAUAUUAACCUCAUUGACAUUUCCAGCAUUCCUUCCUACGACUGGAUGAGAAGAGUCACUCAGAGGAAAAAAGUCUCCAAGAAGGGAAAAGCCUGUCUGCUAUUUGACCAUCUGGAGCCCAUUGAAUUGGCUGAGCAUCUCACUUUUCUGGAGCAUAAAUCUUUUAGAAGGAUCUCAUUCACCGAUUACCAAAGCUAUGUUAUCCAUGGCUGCCUGGAGAAUAACCCAACCUUGGAGAGAUCUAUUGCUUUGUUUAAUGGAAUCUCAAAGUGGGUCCAGUUGAUGGUUCUCAGUAAGCCAACCCCACAGCAAAGGGCAGAUGUGAUCACAAAGUUUAUCAAUGUUGCAAAGAAGCUCCUUCAACUCAAAAAUUUUAAUACCCUGAUGGCAGUGGUGGGAGGCCUCAGCCAUAGCUCCAUUUCACGUCUCAAGGAGACCCAUUCUCACCUUUCUUCAGAAGUUACAAAGAACUGGAAUGAAAUGACAGAGUUGGUCUCCUCCAAUGGUAAUUACUGCAAUUACCGCAAGGCCUUUGCUGACUGUGAUGGCUUCAAAAUCCCCAUCCUUGGAGUACACUUGAAAGAUUUGAUAGCCGUCCAUGUCAUUUUCCCAGACUGGAUGGAGGAGAACAAAGUGAACAUUGUGAAAAUGCACCAGCUGUCCGUUACCCUGAGUGAACUGGUGUCCUUGCAGAAUGCCUCUCACCAUUUGGAACCCAACAUGGAUUUGAUCAACCUGCUUACGCUCUCUCUGGACCUCUAUCACACAGAAGAUGAUAUUUAUAAACUCUCACUGAUGCUGGAGCCUAGAAAUUCAAAAUCGCAGCCUACCUCCCCGACUACACCCAACAAGCCUGUGGUACCCCUGGAGUGGGCAUCAGGGGUGAUGCCAAAGCCAGACCCCACAAUCAUCAACAAGCACAUAAGGAAAUUAGUUGAGUCUGUAUUUAGAAACUACGACCAUGACCAUGAUGGGUACAUCUCCCAAGAGGACUUUGAAAGUAUAGCAGCCAAUUUUCCCUUUUUGGAUUCCUUCUGUGUGCUGGAUAAAGAUCAAGAUGGUUUAAUUAGUAAAGAUGAAAUGAUGGCUUAUUUCCUAAGAGCUAAAUCCCAGCUCCACUGUAAAAUGGGACCAGGAUUUGUCCAUAAUUUUCAGGAGAUGACCUAUCUGAAGCCGACCUUCUGCGAACACUGUGCAGGAUUUCUCUGGGGCAUAAUCAAGCAAGGAUACAAAUGCAAAGACUGUGGAGCCAAUUGUCACAAACAGUGCAAAGACCUCCUUGUUCUGGCCUGCAGAAGAUUUGCCCGGGCACCCUCCUUGGGAAGUAGUCAUGGAUCACUGCCUGGAAGCCCUUCACUACCCCCAGUGCAAGAUGAUGUAUUUGAAUUUCCUGGUGUUGCUACUGGACAUCGAGACCUAGAGGACAGCAGAGCCAUCACACUAGUCACAGGCUCUUCCCGCAAGAUCUCUGUGAGGCUGCAACGGGCCACUACCAGUCAGGCCACCCAAACUGAACCUGUUUGGUCAGAGGCAGGCUGGGGAGAUUCGGGGUCCCACACCUUUCCCAAAAUGAAAUCCAAGUUCCAUGACAAAGCCACAAAGGACAAAGGUUUUGCCAAAUGGGAAAAUGAGAAGCCCAGGGUACAGGCUGGUGUGGAUGUUGUCGACCGGGGUACCGACUUUGAACUUGACCAGGAUGAAGAGACCAGACAGGAUGGCGAGGAUGGCUGACGUCUGGCUGAGCAGAAUGAGGGUAAUAAUGUUGGAGUAACAUGAGAAUCUUUGAAAGACAUCUGACUCUCAGCAAGUUCUCAGGAGAAGUGUGUGGACACUCAUUGCCUUGUGACAUUGUGACAUCUCCAUGGUUGGACCACAGGAUGGAGGACCAACCCUAACUAUGAACUAUUUAUUUCUUCAUUCCCUGUCCCUAGUUAGGAGUCAUGAAGACUGGUAUAUGUAGUCCAUAGUUUCCUCAUGCAUCUUUUUCUAGAACCAAUUAUAUACGGGUGAAAUGAAA